CCCCCCCCGUGACGAGGCGAGCGUGGGUGCCACGUCCCCCCCCAGGGGAUGGAAGGGUGCACGCAGGACAAGUGCAUCCGUUCCCAGGAGGGCUGAGCCGCCCCGAUAAGACCUCCCGAAAUAGCCGGGGGGGAGGGGGGUCACAGAAGCAGCCCGUGCUGCUGUGGGACAUCAGCCACCUGUCACCAGAGGGACGCAUGGCCCCAAGGCCGGGUGGUGGCCCUGAGGUGGCACGGCCGUGCUAUAAGAGCUGUGGGCGCCUCGGUCCCCCCGCACCACGACCGCGACCAUGCUGGGGGCUCUGUGUCUCGCUGUGCUGCUGGGCUACGCCUACGGAUGCGGGCAGCCGGCCGUGCCGCCCCAGCUGGGCGCCCGCGUGGUGGGUGGUGAGGAUGCCGUAGCCCACAGCUGGCCGUGGCAGAUCUCGCUGCAGUACAGCCGCAACGGGGGCUGGAGCCACACGUGCGGCGGGACCCUGAUCGCGCCCAGCUGGGUGCUGACGGCCGCCCACUGCAUCAGCUCGAGCCUGACGUACCGCGUGGUGCUGGGUGAGCACGACCUGAGCGCGGACGACGACGGCGCCGUGGUGGCGGACGUGGAGAAGAUGAUCGUGCACGAGAACUGGAACUCCUACCUCAUCGUCAACGACAUCGCCCUGAUCAAGCUGACGCAGCCGGUGCAGGAGAGCCAGAGCAUCCAGGCCGCCUGCUUGCCGCCCAGCGGCCUGGAGCUGCCCAACGACUACCCCUGUGAAAUUACCGGCUGGGGACGCCUCUGGACGAACGGGCCCCUGGCUGACGUCCUGCAGCAGGCGCUGCUGCCGGUGGUGGACUACAGCACCUGCUCGCAGAGCGACUGGUGGGGCGGCCUGGUGCGCACCUCCAUGGUGUGCGCGGGCGGCGACGGCGUCGUCUCGGGCUGCAACGGGGAUUCAGGCGGCCCCCUGAGCUGCCAGCGUGACGGGCUCUGGGAGGUGCACGGCAUCGUCAGCUUCGGCUCCUCCUGGGGCUGCAACACGUUCAAGAAGCCGACCGUCUUCACGCGGGUGUCUGACUACAUCGACUGGAUCAACGAGAAAAUCAGUGCCAACUGAGGACGUGCGGCCGGUGUCACCUACCGUGGAGCUUCUGGAGUGCAAUAAAGAGAAAUAACC